AUGGGAGGCGUUGACACUCGCCUCUCUGCUUUUCAUCAAACGUCGUCGUCAUCUUCGCUUUGUCGACGUUCCUCUUCUUCAUCCAUGUCAUCAUCCAGUUCAUCCGAUGUUGAUUUACGUAAACGGAUACGGGAGAUUUAUCAAGAUUCUUCCUUAGACAGUCAAACCAAGGCUAGAAAGAUCCAGCGUCUCAUGACGGCAUCAGCCUCCCAAGCGAGUAAGCCCGAACCUGAAGCAUGGAUGGUCGAUCCUCAUGAGAAGACAUAUCAUGAUAAAGGACAAAAGAUUUUGGGUUGUGUACAUUAUGCUCGUAAAGCCAAGAUCCAAGCUGCCUGUUGCAACGAAAUCUUCCCUUGCCGGAUAUGCCAUGAUGAAUCAAAAGAUCACCCGAUAGUUUGGCAUGAAACAAAGAGCAUGUUAUGUAUGUUGUGCAACACCCUUCAAUCACCUGCAAAGGUGUGUGGCGAAUGUAAUACGGAGAUGGCUCGGUACUACUGCGACAAAUGCAAGCUUUGGGAUGAUCAGCCCAAUCAAUCCAUAUUUCAUUGUGAUGAAUGUGGCAUUUGUCGUACAGGAAAUCCCGAGGAUUACUUUCAUUGUGCAACAUGUAAUGUGUGCAUGACAAUCAGCAUGAAGGACAACCACAAAUGUAUCGAACGCAGCCUCGAAAGUGAUUGUCCCAUUUGUGGAGAAUACAUGUUUACAAGUCGAACAGCUAUUGCGUUUCUGCCUUGUGGACAUUGCUUACAUAGAUCGUGCUACACUGCCUACAGCCAAACUGCCUACAAAUGCCCUACAUGUCUCAAAUCCAUGACGGAUAUGUCACACUACUUUCAAUUCCUUGACAGGGAAGUCGCCCAGCAACCUAUGCCAAAGGAAUACAGCCACUACAUCUCACGUAUUUUUUGCAACGACUGUGAAAUGCGUUCCGACACACGAUACCACUUUUUCCACCACAAAUGCACUCAUUGCAGCAGCUACAACACCAUUGUCCUGCAAACCGAUAAGGUUGCUUGA